AGUUUACCAACUACAAAGAGUUUGCGUUAUUGAUAAUAACGUCUAGCAAAAUUUGACUAUACUUGUAGAAUUACAACUGUGUAUGAGAAGAUUUUAGCAUGUAGCUAACUUCGGAGCGUACAGAUGCUACGUUGAUAAUGGCUACAUCGUAGCCGACGAUGCUACGAAAUUUUGCAUUUCUGUAACAAACUGUCAUCAGAAAUCUUGUUUGUUAUGUCUAGUACCAAUUUCAACUAAUUUUUGCUUUAAUAAAUCAUUUUUUAAGUUUGUUAGUGUAAAAUCAGUGAGUAGUUGGUUGUAGUUGGCACCGGCCGCAUCAUUACGAGUUUAUUAUGAGUGCAUCCAAAUCAAAGCUGAAAAAUGAGUGAUGACAGUGAUUCCGGCCCGAGAAACAAACGGAGAAGGAAUAUUUGUUUAUUAGACGACAGCCCAAGCAGUGCAAGCAGUUCCACCGGUAGUUCAGUAGUAACUACUACAAGGCGACGAGUCCGCAGAAGAUACAUUGAAGAUGACUCUGAUUCAGAUAGUGGAAGUUCUAUUGAAGUUCAACGCAAACGAAAAUCCGUUCCUAGAGUGGCAAGUGAUGCAGAGUCAGACAGUUCAGGUUCGGUGAUAAUCAAACGCUCUAAGCGUCCCGCUAGAGUAGUUAGUGAAUCUGAGAGUUCUGAAGAUUCAGACCAUGGGUUUGAAGGAAGUUCCAGUAGCCAAUGGGAAACAGAUAUUUCAGAUAAUGAAGCUCCCAAAAGCACCACUGCCAAAGUACAAGACACUGGAGUCGAUUCAGAUUCCAGUGAUGGCCAAUCAGAAAAAUGCCCGAUUUGCCUCAUAUCUUUCACUAAUCAGGAAGUUGGUACUCCUGAAUCUUGUGACCACAUGUUCUGCGUUGAGUGUAUCCAAGAAUGGUCCAAAAAUAUGAACACUUGCCCGGUUGACAGGCAAGAGUACCAUAUGAUUUUAGUUAGACGUAGUAUCAAUGGAAGUGUCUACAAACAAAUUCCCAUUCAGGCGCCAAACCCUCAGAAUGACAUUGAUAUUGUUGAAGAUCCAACAUUUUGUGAAGUUUGUGGACAAAGUGAUAGAGAGGAUCGAAUGUUAUUGUGUGAUGGAUGCGAUUUAGGCUAUCAUCUAGAAUGUUUGAAUCCACCAUUGCUAGAUAUACCUCCGGGAUCAUGGUUUUGUAAUGACUGCAGUCCUGAAGAUUUAGUUGAUCCGGAAAUUGAGUUGUAUGAACUACAGUUGUUGCUGGAUGAUGCUAAUGAUCUGGGGAGGCCUAGAAGUAGCCGAAGGACGACUUCGUCGAGAUUAGUACCUCGGACUCGGCAAAGCGAAAGGGUUCGUCGGCGAAUCGCCAACAACCGAAGUGUCAACCAACCCGUCGAACCCCCCCAGCCCGUCACCAGCACCACCUCCCGUCGCAAGAAGAAGCGGAAGAAGAGGAAACCUCGCCACAGAAUCGUGUAUCAGGUCGAUGAAGCCACCGGAGAGACCAUCGCAGUGAAGAGACGCGUGAAGAAGCGAAAACCGCGGCGGCGGAAAAUCGUCCCCAAAACCGCGAAGAAGCGGCUGGCGAUGCAGUUGGGGAUGUGCAGCAGUCGUGGAGUUCCACAGAGUCUGCCAGACGUGAGGGUGCCGCCGCAGGUGAGCAACCUACAAUCGCAGAGAUUUCAAGCGGGAAUUCCCACUCUGAGGCUGUUCGGUAACCGGGACGGGCUAGAUUUGUGGAUGAGUGACGAGAUGGACGAAGAGGAUGGCUCAGGAGUGGUGGUUCGCAGAGGAGCGAGUCGCAGGAGGCUGGUGAAGAACGUCACUUUAUCGAACUCGGUGUCGAGUAGCACGGACAUCCUGGGGAGCAUUUUAGACGAACAAGCCCGGUUUCAUUCUAAGAAUACGAAGUUUUCGAUUGGAAAAAACGGGAAGGUUACGAUGGAGUCGUCGGAUCGGAUUUUAGGAGAAAUGAACAAUUUCAAUCACUUGGUGAGGAGUGUCCCGGGUUCUUAUUCCAGUACCGGGAGACAUGACAGCGUUCCUACGUCUAGUGGACACGGUCACUCGAGUCCCGAUCGGAACAAUUCGGCUCCGACUUCGACAGUCGAGAACAGUACAGUCACGACUAACUCGACGGGUGGUGGAGAAGGGCACGAGGCGCCUCAAGACUACAGUCGAACUGAUCUAUGUACACUCUACGAUGUUAACAUUGAAGAUAACCGAAAAGAAAAGAAAGUGGAAGAGUCCGAAAACAACACCCCGAGAAGUGGUACACCAGCAAGUGAGUCCGAAAUCGACAUUUACAGCGAUAUUGAAACCGUGAGUACGAGUAAAGUCGAUGAAAGUGAUUUUAAAGCACCGUCUCCACUUCCGGUUACUCCGAAUGGGGGUGGAAGUGACGACGAGAAUAAUGAUAGUGAGCCUGAUAUGGUCAUAGACACGGAAAAGGCGAACCCUGAACCUGAGGAGAACACGAAAGAGGAGACGACGGUCACAUCAACCGUUGAUUCAAACGCUGAGGUCAUUCCGGUGCUGCAAGCUGUGACUUCAACUUCAGAAAUUCAGUCGCAGGCGGUACAAUCGUCGAAUGAGGUCUGCGAAGAGAAAACUUCUGAAACGAAAAGACAUGACGAUGACGAAGACUCAGAAGACGGUUGUCCAAAUUUCAGUAUUUAUUCGAAGGAGAGUAUAACGAUGGCUAAAAACACCGAUAUCACGUUGGGUUCGUCUGAGGAUAACCCACAAGAGAACAACCAAGUGGGUGAGAUAAGUUCGUCUCCUGCCGAGAAACCUCCAAACACACCAGAAGAAAAAGUGGAAGAAGUAGUACAAAAACCAUCAAUGAGUACGGGUUUAUAUAGCGAUUCCGAAGACGAAAGCAUUGUGAAAAAAGGAGUACAAAACUCGUUUGGAAUCAGCGAUAUACGUAACAUGACCGAAGACAUAAGCGAAGAAGAGAGAAGUUACACACCGUGUUUGGACGAAAGACCGAAUUUCAGACAGGGUAUUGAAGGUCUGGAUACCGAGAUGAUCUCCGACGAGGACCGGAACGAUUUCGAUGAAUCUCAUGACUUGAAAACGGCAUCAGAUGGAGAUGCCCUCGAGAUUAAUGCGAAAGAAUCCGAAUUGGAUUUUACGCGCCCGGAAGAUUACGAAGAAGGAGAAAUCGUGGACAAAUCCAAAAACAAAAAAAGCGAGGAGACCCAAAAGAAGAAAGACGAGAAUGUGAAAAAGCCGGCUAAAAAGAAAGAAGACUCCGACAAAGUGGGAAAUAAAGAAAACGAAAAUCAAAAUGGAAACAAAGAAUCCACGUUUAAAAAAAUCAGCAAGAACAACAAAGAGCGCAACUAUAGAGACAAAGAUAAAGAUCGGGACCGUAGCAAAUCGCGUGAUAGAAAAGACAAAGAUGGUAGAAAAGACAAAAAGAAGGAGAAGCGAAAAGAAAUAGAACGUUAUGACGUCCGAGCUUUGAUAGCAGAGAAACCUCGACGAUUGAAGGAUAAGUUUGGUCGAGAUAUUAGAAGAACUCUGUCACGUUCAAGGACUCGAACACCCAGCCUUCCGAGAAGAUCGUUAUCCAGGGGUAGAAGAUCUACCAGCCGUCGAUCGGCGUCAAGGCGACGAUCUCUUUCCAGAAGAAGAUCGCUGUCUAGAGGACGAAAGAAGAGAAGACGUUCAAAAACUCGUCGAUCUCUAUCUCGUUCGAAGUCCAAAUCGCCGGAUCGAAGACGAUCGCGUUCUAAAGCUAGAAAACGUAAGCGUUCCCUCAGUCGUGACAGACGGAAAAAGUCACGCGAUCGAUCAAAGGGUAAAGCAAAAAAACACAGAAGUCGUAGUAGACAUCGUUCUAGGUCACCUUCACCAAAACGAACUAAGGAAUGGAGUAGGAGGCAUUCUCGAGAUUGGACUCCUUCGUUAUCAAGGUCCAGAACACCAGAAGGGAGACAUUUAACACCAUCGUGGACACCGCCCAGGAUUAUGGACAAUUCAGUCAAACCUCACAAUCUAACUGUGAUUUUAACGAACGAUGCCAAUAAGAAAAAGAAGGAGAAAAAGAAGAAGAACGAGAAAAAAACGAAGGAGAAUGAACGAACAAAGAAAAAGAAGAGAAAUGAAAGGACUCCACCACCGUCAAAGGAGGUGUUUGCGUCCGGCGACAACAUCCUCGUCAGUGUUAGUUUUAAUAAAGAUAACGAAACGAGAGAUGUUUCUACGAAGAAGAAACGGGAAAUUGAAGAAGCCAACAAGAACAAGAAGAAAGAGAAAAAUAAAAGGAAGAGACGAAGUAGGGACUUGAGUGGGAUCAAACCUGUAGCAAUCAUCGAUCUGGAGAGGUCGCCUUUCAAGGAAUUGACACCCUCGCCUAAAGAUGUCAUCGUGUUGAGCGACAGCGAAAAUGAAGAAUCCAGAAACAUGCAAAAGACAAUGUGCGAUUCGUCGCAACAGGUAGCAAGUCCGGAGAGAUUAGUUAACAGCUAUACCACUGGUCCAAAAACGCCUCCAGAACCUCAGGUGAAAUUCACUUUGACCAAACAGACACAAAUGAGGGCAAUUUCAAACCCUCUCCACGAGCCGGAUGAUAUUGAACCUGAGGAAGAAAAUACGCAAGAGGUGGCUGAUGCUUUGCAUAAAGGUCCCAAUACACCUCCAGAGCCUCCAAACUCGCCUCCAAGUUCACCGGAUGCGUACGAUCCGUUCGAACCCACCAAGUCUCGUUCGCCAACACCCGAACCAAUACAAACCACGCAGUCUAACAGCGUAUUAAAUCUGGACGAUAAUCGGGACGACAGUAUUAUAGAAACGCGUACAGAAGCCGAUAAAACAAAUACUUCUCUUCCACCACCGGAUGUAUCAAAGUCGCUUACGCCACCUUUGGCAGACGUGCAACCUGCGGAUUCGCAAAGCAGCAUCCAAGCCACCCCCGAAUCUAGUUUAGGUAAAUCCCCGGAACGCAGUACGACUGCGCCGAUUCAGACGCAAACUAUAACCGCGUCAAAACCAAUCGCUCAAACCAUUCCGUUCUCCUCGUCGGUAGCGACGUCUCUAAUGACGUCAACGCCGGUCAGUACAAGUCUAGCGCCGCCUAGAAUCAACAUACUCAACACUACUAUUAUCACACCACCACACGUUGCGUCAUCAAUUCCGCAAAGAAUCGUCCUGCCGAAUACAGUUAAGUCGAGUCCUGUGAAGAUAUCACCCACGAAGCCUCCCAUCAAGUCGACUCCGAUCAAACCGAUGCCUUCAAAGACCCCCAGAAAGUCGACCAAUCGUAAUCAGAACGGCAGCGACACCGUGGAGUCGAAUCUGGGGUUGGAUUCGCCGUAUUCUCCCGGUUCUAGUGAUUACGAAGAUCUGUUCGAACCGCCAGUCGAGACAGCUCCUAAACCCGCGGCUAAACCGGCCAACAAGACUACCAAGUCGCCCACGAAAAUACAAAACGCGUUUGAUGCACUCUUCGGUUCACCGUUCAAUAAGGUUAAAACAAAACCAGACAAACCAGCAUCGGCCAAAUUUAACAAAAAACCCUCAAAUACUUCCGGUAAAGGUACAAAACAGGUUGGCGUUAAACUGGAUGAAGACAACUUGAAGAUUUUAGACGAGUUGCCGAAUUCAGCCGUGGAGAUGCAAGUAAAGGACAAGUUUUUGAAGAAACUAAAUCGUCAGGAAAGGGUUGUGGAGGAGGUGAAGUUGGUACUCAAGCCGCAUUACAACAAGAAGCAUAUUAAUAAGGAGGAGUAUAAAGACAUUUUAAGACGAGCUGUUCCUAAGAUUUGUCACAACAAGUCGGGCGAGAUUAAUCCGACGAAAAUCAAAAAUCUUAUCGAGGCGUAUGUGAAGAAGGUGCGACACAGUAAAAAGGUUACAUCCAGUAGUAGUUCCGUCAAUCCUCAAAAAGCUUAGCUCUUGAAAUCUAAUUUAAAUUGAUUGUGUACAUAUUAUUUCAACUUAGUGAUAUGUAAGUUUUAUUUUUUAAGAAUCAUAGUAGCAGAAUUAAUUGAAUAUUAUUUAUGUGCGCCAAGUAUGCGAUCUUGUGAAAUUUUAAGUGUAUUGACAUUUUUAGGCAAAUAUACUUCUGUAUAUUUAA